UCCUCCCCUUCCUCCGCCCCGGCUCCUCCCCUUCCUCCGCCCCGGCUCCGCCCCGGCUCCUCCUCUUCCUCCCCUUCCUCCGCCCCGGCUCUGCCCCGGCUCCUCCUCUUCCUCCCCUUCCUCCGCCCCGGCUCCGCCCCGGUUCCUCCAGGGCUCUGCUCCGGCUCUUCUCGGCUCCUCCCCUCUCUCCCCCCCUGCGGCCGCUCCGCGCACGCCAUGCCGCUGGACCACCGCCGCCUCCGCGGCCCGGAGGAGUCGCAGCCGCCGGAGCUGUGGGCGGGGGUGGCGGAGCAGGAGCAGGAGGACGGCGCCGCCCCGCGGGACCCCUACGCGCUCCGGCCGCUGUUCGCCCGGGCCGGGCUGCUGAGCCAGGCCGAGGGCUCGGCCUACGUGGAGCUGGGCGGCGGCACCAAGGUGCUGUGCGCCGCCUGGGGCCCGCGGGAGGCGGCCGAGCCCGGGGCGCCGGCGGAGGGGGGGCGGCUGCAGUGCGAGUUCCGCCGCGCCCCGUUCGCGGCCCGCGGGGCGCGCUGCAGGCCCGGCUCGGCGGCGGAGCGGGAGGCGGAGCGGGAGGCGGCGGCGGCGCUGCGGGAGGCGCUGGAGCCGGCGGUGCGGCUGGCCAGGUACCCGCGGGCCCGGCUGGCCGUCAGCGCCCUGCUGCUGCAGGACGGGGGCUCGGCGCUGGCCGCCGCCAUCAGCGGCGCGGCGCUGGCGCUGGCGGACGCGGGCGUGGAGAUGUACGACGUGGCCGUGGGCUGCGCCCUGUGCCGCGCCCCGGGGCCCGCCGGCGCCUGGCUGCUGCAGCCCAGCGAGGCCGAGGAGCGGCGAGCCGCGGGCCGCCUGACGCUGGCGCUGCUGCCCGCCCUCAACCAGGUGUCGGCCGUGCUGGGCAGCGGCCAGGGCAGCCCGCCCGACGCCUGGGCACAGGCGCUGCGCCUCGGCCUCGACGGCUGCCACCGCCUCUACCCCGUGCUGCGGCAGAGCCUGCUGCGGGCUGCGCGCCGCCGGGCCGCCGCCUCCACCGCCUCCACCACCGCCUCCACCGCCUCCACCACCGCCUCCACCGCCACCGCCUGAGCGCGCCCGGGCUGCCUCGGCUCACACACACCGGGCAGGCUGCUCUCGGGGCACGCCGGGGCCAGCCUGAUCCACGCUGCCUGCUCCCAGAGACCUCCAGAGCCAGCCUGACCCACACCUUGUGCUCCCAGAGGCCUCCAGAGCCAGCCUGACCCACACCUUGUGCUCCCAGAGACCUCCAGAGCCAGCCUGAUCCACACUGCCUGUUCCCAGAGGCCUCCAGAGCCAGCCUGAUCCACACUGCCUGCUCCCAGAGGCCUCCAGAGCCAGCCUGAUCCAUGCUGCCUGCUCCCAGAGGCCUCCAGAGCCAGCCUGAUCCAUGCUGCCUGCUCCCAGAGACCUCCAGAGCCAGCCUGACCCACACCUUGUGCUCCCAGAGGCCUCCAGAGUCCUCCAGAGCCAGCCUGAUCCACGCUGUCUGCUCCCAGAGACCUCCAGAGCCAGCCUGACCCACACCUUGUGCUCCCAGAGACCUCCAGAGCCAGCCUGACCCACACUGUCUGCUCCCAGAGGCCUCCAGAGCCAGCCUGACCCACACUGUCUGCUCCCAGAGGCCUCCAGAGCCAGCCUGACCCACACUGUCUGCUCCCAGAGGCCUCCAGAGCCAGCCUGACCCACACCUUGUGCUCCCAGAGACCUCCAGAGCCAGCCUGACCCACACUGCCUGCUCCCAGAGACCUCCAGAGCCAGCCUGAUCCACACUGUCUGCUCCCAGAGACCUCCAGAGCCAGCCUGACCCACACUGCCUGCUCCCAGAGACCUCCAGAGCCAGCCUGAUCCACGCUGUCUGCUCCCAGAGACCUCCAGAGCCAGCCUGAUCCACACUGUCUGCUCCCAGAGACCUCCAGAGCCAGCCUGACCCACACUGCCUGCUCCCAGAGGCCUCCACCCCCAGCCUGACCCACACUGUGUGCUCCUGGAGCCUCCCCCGGAGCUGCCAGCAGAGCUUUCCCCAGGCUGCUUGCCCUCCGCCGCAGCUGCCCCCACAGCUGCCCCUGUGCUGCCCGAGCGUGCUGGAGCCCACGCGGGAGCCUCUGCUGCAGAAGACCUCUGGAGUGUCCCCCCCAGGACUGGUGGAGGCUCAGACUCCCCCGAGAACAGCCUCCAUGCUGCCUCAGCCACCAGGGACUCUUUGUGGGACCCCACCCUGGUGUGGCCCCAGCACGGGGGUUGGGACCUUCACGCUGAGAUGCCCCCCGUGCCCACCCUGCUGGCAGGGAGCAGGUGAUGGCACAAGCUGUGGGUGGCUGGGCCCCGGUGCUCUGCAGGGCUGAGGCUGGCAGAGGAGGUGCUGCUGGGUUUUGCUAAUAAAGGUUUGCCAAAGGGCCCUCCUGAGGGCAGGGCUCCGCUGGGGCUGCUGCCAGCGUCCCUGGCAGGCUGCGCUCAGAGGCUGCUGCUGGGCACUGAGGGCAGGGAA